AUGCCUCCCGAUUUGAAGAUUCGCAACCUCUCAGAUAGACCUCUGAAACUUGUACUUGUUGAGCACUUUGAUCCUGUUCAUGAAGGCGGGUUUCAAUUCAGAAAUGUAACCACAUCGUUCGUCCAUGUCACAAACUCGAUUGGCCUUACCAAUGCCACCACGCGUCGAGAUGUGCCACAGAUCUCGCCCGAUACUCAACCGUUUGAGAAUCGAGAGCUAUCGAUCGACUUGCCUCCGUUCAGUGUGACACAGACCGAUAUCAAGCCAGUGAUCAGAAACGAUAAGGAGCGCUUGCGUUUGACCUUCGAGGCUGAGUCUGGGGGUCGAUAUCGAAUGUACACACCAGUGCCAACGAAAGAGUCCCAUGCUCUGGAAACGCUUUCUGAAAAUCCAGACAUGCAUUUUACUGGGAUUUAUCUACCUCAAGACUCUUAUGUUGCACUAUUUGAAAGCAGCGACCUCGAUCGCUGGAUGGACAAGCUUAACGAUAACGUUCCAAUAGGAGCGCUCUCCAUCCCAGGCACACAUAAUUCCCCGACCUGUCACAACGCACCGCCAUCCGUCCGAUGUCAAGCCGUGUCACCUCUAGAACAACUGCAGAACGGAGUACGGUUUUUCGACAUUCGAGUACAAGUGCCUGAGCCGUUUGAUGGAGGGUCAGACAAGCUUGUGCUUGUCCAUUCUGUAUUUCCGAUCUCACUUACAGGUAACAGAUAUUUCAGGGAUCUGUACAACGAGUGUCGCCGGUUUCUUGACGAGCAUCCCUCGGAGACUCUGAUCAUGUCUAUAAAGCGUGAAGGAUCAGGCAAGGGCACUGACGAACAGCUAAGCCGGGUGCUAAAGGAUCACUAUACGAACCCGGAUCAAUGGUGGACAAGACCAUGGCUACCACGACUAGGCGAAGCACGAGGCAAGAUUGUCCUCGUUCGACGAUUCAACCUUGAAGAAGGUCUGAAGCACGAAUGGGACGACAAGGGCUGGGGUAUUGACGGAGCUGUCUGGGCUGAUAAUACGCCAAACGCAACGUGUCCCUCCGGAGACCUGGUCGUACAAGAUUUCUACGAAGUAGCGGAACAAGCCAGCAUUGAUACCAAGGUUCAGUACGUGCGUGACCACAUGGAGAGAAGCGGUACCUGCGAUUUCAAUCUCGAUGAUCCAAAUGCUCGUAUUCCUCUAUACAUCAAUUUCUUGAGUGCUAGCAAUUUCUGGAAAGUUAAUACCUGGCCUGAGAAAAUUGCUGCGAAAGUCAAUCCUGCUACAGUAGCUCAUCUCUGUACCAAACACAUGCUUGAGGACGACGGGAACCUCAAACCUGGUGAUUGGUGUACGGGAAUAUUGGUGUGUGAUUGGGUCGGCCUUGAUGGAGACUGGGAUCUUGUGCGCAGUGUCGUUGGUAUAAAUGCUAAGUUGCCCAAGAGGUAA